ACCUAAACAUCUCUCCCCUUGUUGCAUUUGCAUACCUAUCUCAUCCUCCUCCUCUCUCUUUAUUUCUCUUUAUAUCUGUGAAGAAGAAGGCACGUGAAGUUUUAGAAGAAGAAGAAAAGAACAGAGUCUUCUUUUGAACUUUUAGGUUGUAGGAAUUAAUUGAAGUGAUAGAGAGAGAGAGAGAGAGAAAUUUGCACAGAGUUAUAUCAUUAAGAGGUUGUAACGAAUUACCCACAAUCUAGGAAACCCUGAUUGAAUUGAAUUCAUUCAUCUUUCUUUUUUUUUAAAAAAUCUUUUGCAUUGUGGUUGAUUUUUUCCCGGGAAAAUUGGUGAAUCAUCAGUUUCCUGCGGUAGCUAAAAGUUUCUCUCUUUUUUUUUUAUUGGUGAGGGAGUCAUGGGUUUCUUGUCUACAUAGCUUCUAAUAAAGUUUCAAAAUCUUCUGUAGAAAAAAUAAAUCUGUCGACUUUUCAUUUUUGUUUCCAUUAAAGCUUUUCUUCUAUACAUCAAUGGAGGAAGUGUCUCCGGCGGUUGCUAUGCCUUUCAUGCCAUUCCCCGAGACCCAGAUGGAGCUCGCAGGUAUCAUGUUGGGCAAUGGCUACUGCAACGACCAAUACUCAGCUCAAGAUUCCGACAACAACGGCGAGGAGACUUCGUGUUCCGUUUCUGGAGCUCAAUCGUCAGAGAUAGUCGCCGGAGAAGGGAUCAACAACGGCUCAGACGAGAGAUCGACGAAGAUGAUGAUCAGCAGAACGGAGAGCAGGAGUCUGUUCGAGUUCAAGAGCGUGCCUUUGUACGGAGUGACUUCGAUCUGUGGGAGAAGACCGGAGAUGGAAGAUGCUGUCUCCACCAUACCUAGAUUCCUUCAAUCUCCGACCAAUUCGUUGAUUGACGGUCGUUUCAAUCCUCAGUCAACCGCUCACUUCUUCGGCGUCUACGACGGACACGGCGGUUCUCAGGUUGCGGACUAUUGCAGAGAGAGGAUGCAUCUGGCUUUAGCUGAGGAGAUCGCCAAGGAGAAUCCGAUGCUCUGCGAUGGUGACACGUGGCAGGAGAAGUGGAAGAGGGCUUUGUUCAACUCGUUCCUCCGCGUUGACUCGGAGAUCGAGUCAGUGGCCCCGGAGACUGUUGGGUCAACGUCGGUGGUCGCCGUAGUCUUCCCGACUCAUAUCUUCGUCGCGAGUUGUGGUGACUCCAGAGCCGUUCUCUGCCGUGGCAAAACUGCUCUCCCUUUAUCCACUGACCACAAACCGGAUAGAGAAGAUGAAGCGGCGAGGAUUGAAGCCGCCGGAGGGAAAGUGAUCAGAUGGAACGGAGCUCGUGUCUUUGGUGUUCUCGCUAUGUCAAGAUCCAUUGGCGAUAGAUACUUGAAACCAUCGAUCAUUCCUGAUCCGGAAGUGACGGCUGUGAGGAGAGUUAAAGAAGAUGACUGUCUGAUACUGGCGAGUGACGGUGUUUGGGAUGUAAUAACGGAUGAGGAAGCGUGUGAGAUGGCGCGGAAGCGGAUUCUCUUGUGGCACAAGAAGAACGCGGUGGCUGGAGAUGCGUCGUUGCUCACGAAUGAGAGGAGAGGGGAAGGGAAAGAUCCGGCGGCAAUGUCGGCAGCUGAGUACUUGUCAAAACUGGCGUUACAGAGAGGGAGCAAAGACAAUAUCACUGUGGUGGUGGUUGAUUUGAAGCCUCAGAGGAAAUUCAAGAGCAAACCCUUGAAUUGAAAGAGAGGUCUUUUUGUCUUUAUUUUCUAUCAAAGAAUAUGGGGUCUUUGAAAGUCAUAAUUUGUGUUUGUUUUCUAAAUUAUUUUUAACUAACAUGUUAUAAAUUUAUAAUCAUAUGAUAUAAUGUAGCUUAAAGUGUUAAGCUCUUCUUUUUAGCAUCCUAAAAGCCCCUUGUAUUUUUCUUCCCGGGCUAAUUGUAAUAUGGUUACACACUUGCAAUAUACUUUAUUAUUUAUCCAAAUAAUUUUCAAUA